AUGAAACGCGAUCUAUACUGCAAGAUUGUGAGGGAGGUGGAGGACCAUGACCCGUGGUUCAAGCAAAGGAGGAACGCUGCCGGAGAGCUUGGGCUGUCACCCCUGCAAAAAGUAACUGUCACUUUUCGUAUGUUAGCUUACGAUGCUCCUGCAGAUUCUCUCGACGAGUGCCUCCGGCUAGGGGAGAGCACCAUCAUCGAGAGCAUGCGGCAUUUCGUGCGGGCCAUUGUCGAGGUGUUCGGUGACGAGUACCUCCGGGCGCCGAACGAGGAGGACACUGCUCGAUUGCUGGAUAUGAACCAGCAUCGAGGGUUCCCCGGGAUGCUUGGAAGCAUCGAUUGCAUGCACUGGAGGUGGAAGAACUGUCCCACGGCGUGGUCCGGUUCGUUCAGGGGCCAUGUCAAUGCACCGACUAUCAUUCUAGAGGCUGUGGCGUCGCAGGACCUAUGGAUUUGGCAUGCCUUCUUCGGGAUGCCAGGUUCAUUGAACGACAUCAAUGUGCUGCACCGGUCUCAUCUCCUUGACAAUCUUGCUAGGGGAGUAGCACCCAAGGUACAGUACUCUAUUAAUGGCCACCAUUACACGAUGGGGUACUAUCUUGCAGACGGGAUCUAUCCAGAGUGGGCGACAUUUGUGAAACCCAUACCAGCUCUAGUAGGCCGGAAGCAUCAACACUUCGUGGUGCAGCAGGCGGCUGCACGAAAGGAUGUUGAGCGGGCAUUUGGAGUGUUGCAGUCCAGGUUUCCCAUAGUCCGUGGAGCGGCGAGGUUGUGGGAUCAAGAAACCCUCAGCGACUUUGUUCCUGAAACAGACAUCGCUGCGCACUUGCAGUUCAAGCACCACGGCUGCUACUCGGUCCAGGAGUUCACACGCAUACAGGUGUAG